AUGACUCAGGAGAACCAGCGACUCUAUCGCCAGUUACCAGGCUCGACGCACCCCGCCCUUUCACUCUUCGACCAAAGAACAUACUCAACUAUCAGACCCUUCGGCACAGUCGAGAUGGUGAAAUAUAUUUUCCAAUUCGGAUUAAGAAACGGGACAACACUAGCACAAUACUAUGAGGUCAAAGAACACAUUACCAAGCUUGGUGGUGAAGUGAUCGAUGAUGAGGAACCAGAGGACGAUGACGAGGUCCCCCCGGAAAUCAAUAUAUGGUGGGAUGAUGAGGAUGACGCGUAUGAACUCACAGAACACGAGAACUGUGGGAGAUUCUCGUCUGAACAAAAGCGUGAGGCGGAGGAGGAGGAGCUCAGGAAAGCUGCUUGGGGUGAUGAUUACCAUAAUCAGACAGUCGAGCGCUCCUCGUGA